AUGAGUGGCAAUACACCACCUAAAGCCAUUGGCCCCGUUGCUCCUCAGCAUUUAACAAACUCGCCUCGCAAUCCAGGCCAAAUGCGAGACAAGGAAGCACCACCAGCCCUAUCUCUCCCCGGAUCCGCUCUCCCAAUCGCAUCCAUCCUCCCAUCAUUAUCUGGAUCUGCUCCAACACGCUCAGGAUCAAUCGCCAAAGAUAUAAACGCAUCUCAUGCAAAACCACCGUCCUCAUCAAAUGCUCCUAAAAUCAGAGUAUUCUCAUCUACAGACUAUAAAUCCAUGGCAUGGAAGAACGGACUUGGUGAGACGACUGAAAUUGCUAUUAGACCGGAGGGUCGGGACUGCAAACGAGAUGAUUUCUUGUGGAGGUUGUCGAUGAGUGAGGUUAAGGAUACGUGUUCGUUUUCGGUCUUUCCCAAUUAUGAUAUUGGGUUGGUUAUACUGCCUGAAGAUGGAAUGACUGCUCAGAAGGCUUUGGUGAAUCCGCCAGCUUUACUGCAUCAUAAUGAUCAUGAGACGGCAGUGGUGUUAAGGCCUUUGAUACCAUAUACAUACAAUGGUGAAGUACCUACAACAUGUCACGUCAGAACUCCUCCAUUACGACACUUGACUAUACUAGCUCAUCGUAAAAGGACCUUGGUAACUGUAAAUCUAGAAACCAUAUGUCCUCAUGGCUUUUCAAACGAAGGAGGAUGUAGCGCUGGAGGUCAUGGAUCACCUACUGCAUACGCAGCAUCACCAGACGGUGCUGACCUACCACCAUUAGAAGGAGGAAGUCCACCACGACUAGCAGCCAGUAAAAAACCAGCAGCAUUAUCCAAAAUCCUAUUGGGUAACUUUACCAUUGUAUAUGUUAUUAGAGGAGCUAUAAACGUGCAAAUUGAUGGUGAUGGACAAGCUAGAACAGUCAAUCAAGGCGAAACAUUGAUUUGCGAGAGGACUGAUGAUUCAGUCCCUACGGAUUUCGCAAUGACACCAAUUGCGUCUCCGCCAACCUCUGCUUCUGCUUUUGAUGCGACAUCAGCUGCAGCAGUACAACAGAGUCGUAAUUAUGGUCAGGCUGGGCUGGGUAUAGAAGGUGUAACCAAAGUCACUUCAUCUGUAGACGAGGCUGAAUUUUUAGACGCAACUGUAGCCAUCUUCCAAAUCAAUAUCAUUAAAGAUCGUGGAGAUGCUACGCCAAUACAAACACCCGGAUCAGCCAGUACCAGUAAUACAUCCAUGAUGAGGAACCCGUUUAGACGUAAAGGAUCCAUAAUAGUAUACGAUGACCAACCUAGUUGGAGUAUGGAAUCUGGAUUCUUCCCCAUGCCUGGAGACCCUGGAUCUCCACUCUUGACCACGUAUGGAUCAUUGGCUAACAUGUCCAACUCGCAAACAUCUAUGAUUGAUUUGAGUCAAGCAAAUGCUGCUAAUAAUUAUAAUCUCGCUGUGAAAUAUUGGGAUUCUGCAAGACAUUACAGACCGCCGUCAAUGUCUGCACGUUAUGUGAACGAGUCGGAUGUUCCACCGCCUGUUAUUCGAGACACGCUUGACAUUGAAGAGUUUCCUGUGGGCAAGAUAUCGACUGUAUGGAUUAAUAUGAUGAAGCAGGGGCUGUCUGAAUGGUUGAGAGUGCCUGUUAUUGUUGCUAGAGGGACUGAGGAUGGGCCCGUGGUUGGAAUCACUGCAGCCAUUCACGGAAAUGAAUUGAAUGGAGUACCAUGUAUACAUCGAGUCAUCACAGACAUUGAUGUACAUCGACUGAGAGGGACGGUUGUAGCAGUACCAUGUGUCAACGUAGUAGGAUACUUACGCUUCACACGAGAAUUCUCUGAUGGCAAGGACUUGAACCGUCUCUUCCCUGGCUCACCAACAGGAACAGCAUCCACCAUAUACGUACACAAUCUCAUGACGAAAAUCAUUCACCGAUUCGAAUAUCUCAUUGACUUGCACACCGCAAGUUUUGGACGAGUGAAUUCAUACUAUGUACGUAGUGAUAUGAAUGAUCCCGUAUCAGCCACACUAGCCAAACUCCAACAACCACAAAUCAUACUACAUAAUUCUGGACAAGACGGUACUUUACGAUCUGCAGCCAUGACGCUUGGAAUCAAGGCCAUUACAGUCGAGAUUGGUAAUCCUCAACUUUUCCAAAAUCAGUAUGUGCAGUGGUCGUAUAUGGGUGUGAUGCGUAUACUAGGCUACUUGAGCAUGUUUACUCCUGAUCCACCAGAACCGAAUCCAAUGCCACCUAGCACCGUUAUAUGCAGUAAAGGGUUCUGGAUUUACACCAAGACUGGAGGUGUUUUGGAAGUAUAUCCUGGUGUAAACACUUUUGUCAAGAAGGGUGAUUUGAUUGCUAGGAUCAAGAAUAUUUUUGGGAAUAUUGUCGAUGAGAUCUAUGCUACUAGUACUGGGAUUACUAUUGGACGCAGUUCCAAUCCUGUUGCGAUGGCCGGGGAUAGAAUUCUGCACAUGGGAGUGAUUCGAAAGGAGAAUGAACUACUGCCAAAGGAAGCUAAAGAGAACUGUGAGUACAUGAAAUGGUAG